AUGCACGUCCCGCACUGGAUUGGGUAUUCGCGUCCAACGACUAUGCCCUCAAAAACUAAGCAAUGGUGGCCACAAAAAGGGCGCAGAGGAACCCACCCCACGCGCCACUCGAUGCGGGACGCGGCGCCCACGCUUACCUUGCGAUAUGGCUGUCGGGUGAAUGCUCGGCGAUCGUGCUUACAGGAUGCGCGCCGGGGGGGCUCCCGGCACAAAAUGACGCUGUGGUUCGCAGCAGCCCCAUCGACGACGCGCCGGGGCACGCCCUUUCAUGAGCGGCUCUUGCUGAGACGGGAAUGCCAAAUUUGGCUUGGGGGAUUGGAAGUGCCGAGAUUUGCGCUGGUCAGCUGCUGGCUCCGUUCCGUUGUGAACUGUUAG